AUGAUUCUUAAAGAUGAAUUUGAUCCACUUCUAUCGACUAAUAAUAAACGAAAUAUUGAUAAAAAGAUAAUAUCUGAUAAAGUAAUACAACGAAAUGAUCUUCUUCGUAUGAUAAAUGAAUUUUAUCGUCAUGAUGAAGUGAAAAAAUUAGCUGUUGAUCAAGGUGUUGAUCUUCAAAUCUUUAAAAAUGUUUAUGUUAUCUUUCGAAAAUUUUGUCUUCAAUCAUCUGUUUUACCUGUUGAUUUCACUACCAUAUUGAAUGAUAUCAUAUCUGGUGCUAGUAAUGUUACUGCAAUAUUUCCAUAUUUUUUAAAGCAUGCCAAACAAAUGUUUCCACAUUUAACAUGUAUAGAAGAUCUAAAGAAAAUUAGUGAUCUUCGAAAUCCAGCAAAUUGGUAUCCAGAUGCUAGAAAUAUUCAACGAAAAGUAAUCUUCCAUGCUGGUCCAACCAAUAGUGGAAAAACAUAUCAUGCACUUCAGCGUUUUAUAAAUAGUGAAAGUGGUAUUUAUUGUGGACCUUUAAAAUUAUUAGCAUCAGAAGUUUUUUAUAAAACAAAUACUACAAAUACAAAAUGUGACUUAGUAACUGGUGAAGAACGUCGUUUUGCUGAUUCAAACGGAGUACCAGCAAAUCAUGUGGCAUGUACUGUUGAAAUGACAAAUCUAAAUACUGUUUAUGAUGUUGCUGUUAUUGAUGAAAUUCAAAUGAUUCGUGAUCCACAACGUGGUUGGGCAUGGACACGAGCUUUACUUGGUCUUCAAGCAAAAGAAAUUCAUUUAUGUGGAGAAAUAUCAACAAAAGAAUUAAUAGAACAAUUAAUGAUUACAACUGGAGAUGAAUUUGAAAUUCGAGAAUAUAAACGAUUAACAAAAUUAUCUUAUUUAGAUGAAGCAUUAGAAGCAUUUGAUAAUGUUAAAUCAGGUGAUUGUUUCGUAUGCUUUAAUAAAAGUGAUAUAUUUCAUAUAACUCGUGAAUUAGAAAAACGUGGUCAUGAAGUUGCUGUGAUAUAUGGAUCACUACCACCAGGCACGAAAUUAUUACAAGCUCAACGUUUCAAUGAUCCAAAUAAUGUAUGUAAAAUUAUGGUUGCUACAGAUGCGAUUGGUAUGGGUCUUAAUCUAAGUAUCAAACGUGUUAUCUUCUAUAGUCUUACUAAAUCACAAUUGACUGAGAAAGGUAAUAAAGAAAGAACUGAUGUGACAACAUCACAAGCUCUACAAAUUGCUGGUCGAGCUGGAAGAUUUGCAAGUGCAUUUCCUGAUGGCGAAGUUACAACAUUUCGUCGUGAUGAUUUACCUCUCUUAAAAGAUAUUAUGAAUCGACAAGCAGGAAUAAUUAAACAUGCUGGUCUUCAUCCAACAGCUGAACAAAUUGAAAUGUUUGCUUAUUAUUUACCAAAACAAUCACUUUCAAGUUUAAUUGAUAUAUUUAUAACACUUUCUCAAUUAGAUAAUAAUUUAUAUUUUAUGUGCAAUGUUGAAAAUAUGAAAUAUUUGGCAGAUAUGGUUGAACAUAUUGCAUUACCACUACGAGUUCGUUAUGUAUUUUCAUGUGCUCCUAUUAAUAGAAAAAUGCCUUUUGUUUGUGCAAUGUUUUUAAAAUAUGCUCAUCAAUUUAGUUGUAAUGAACCGACAACAUUUGAAUGGCUUUCAAAACAUGUAGAUUGGCCAUUGCAAAUACCGAAUACAAUCACUGAUUUGGUACAUUUGGAAGAAGUUUUCGAUUGUUUUGAUUUGUAUUUAUGGCUAAGUUCCCGAUAUAGUAAUAUGUUUCCAGAUAGAGAAUCCGUCCAUAGAAUUCAAGUAGAACUUGAUCAAAUUAUUCAUUGUGGUGUACAAAAUAUUGUUAAACUUGCUCAUCAAAAACAUAAUCUUGAUGAUACUAAAGAUAUUUCAGUCAGACGUGCUGGUUUACGUGCAAUAUCUUCUUAA